UUGGGGAGGAGUUUGGUAACUUUCAUUUUAGAGGCAUUGUGGGAAGGAGCAAUGGUCUGAAGGCUGCUCACCUGGGACGGCCGGGGGGGCAGCGGCCACCAUGAUACAUUUCAUAUUGCUGUUCAGUCGCCAAGGAAAAUUAAGGCUGCAGAAGUGGUACACAACACUCCCUGAUAGAGAGAGGAAAAAGAUCACCCGGGAAAUUGUUCAAAUUAUUCUGUCUCGAAGUCAAAAGACAAGCAGUUUUAUUGACUGGAAGGACCUAAAACUUGUUUACAAAAGGUAUGCCAGUUUAUAUUUUUGCUGUGCAGUGGAAAAUCAGGAUAAUGAACUGUUGACACUAGAGAUCGUGCACCGAUAUGUGGAACUACUGGACAAAUAUUUUGGAAAUGUCUGUGAGCUGGAUAUUAUCUUUAAUUUUGAAAAGGCUUAUUUUAUUCUUGACGAGUUUAUAAUGGGUGGAGAAAUCCAAGAGACGUCAAAAAAAUUGGCAGUCAAAGCCAUAGAAGACUCUGAUAUGUUACAGGAGACAAUGGAGGAAUACAUGAACAAACCUACAUUUUAAUAUCUAUCAAAUCUACUUGAAGACUAAAAAAACCUGUAUACUGUAAACACACAAAACUCAACAUGCUGCAAUUCAUUUCUUAAGUGCCAGAGCCUCUAAAAAUACCAAAAAGAACUAAGGGGAACUAUGUGCAAAUUAGUAAAAUUUUCAAUUUGGUUAAUAUAACAUAUUUAUAUGAUUACACAUCUGUAUUAUAUGUAAAAUAAAUUCUAUCUAGCACUGUUGGAAUUUUUUAAAUCAUUGUAUUAUCCACUCUAAUUUGUUUGAUAUCAGGAUUUUAGCUACAAAAUUAAAUUUUGAUAUGUUACCGAGAAAUAACUAGCAAUAUAUUUUUCCUUAUUUUGAGCCACCACUGACAACCGGAGGCUCUUUUGUACAAUGUGAUUUUAUUGACUGUUUUGCAUACCUGGGGUAACAAUGAUUCCUUUUCUAAAUAUCGAGUUUUUUAUUGAAUAUAAUUCCACAAUGAUUUAAUGACGUCAGACACUGCGACAAUUUUUCUGUCAACUUAAAUGCAAAUAUAUAGGUCUGAUCCUUAAAUUUGUAAUUUCUAGUUAAUAAGAGAAAUAUGUACUUUGGGGAACACUGAAGUAGUGAAUAGUAGAUAUACACAUAUUUAAUAUACAUAUAUUCAUGUAUAUUUUCAACAACUGUCUAGGUUGGGAAUUUUUCUCCCAUUUUUUGCUAAAAAGAGAAAUGGGAUAGCACCAUUUGGCUGUAUUUUUUAUUCCAAAAAUAUAUAUAUAUAUAUAUAUAUAUAUAACUAUAUAUUCCUGAAUGACGGGCCCAGUUAGGCUUCUAACAGCUUGAGUGAUGGGAUAACGAUGAUGAUGAUGUGUCCAUGAGAUAGUGGGUAAAAUUCAGUAUCAAAAAGACUUUCUUAGAGGGUCUUAUUGUCUCACACCUAGUGGGUGCUCAGAAAGUAUGUGGGGGUAUUUGUCACCUUUCUGUCUCUGAACACACAAAUUCACUAGAAGCUGAGUUUUUCUUGUAUUUGGGAGAGUAGAAUCUGACCCUCCCAUAGGAAAUAUUUCUUAAUUACCAGCUCAAUUUGUGUAUUUUCUGUAUUUUGAAGUGGAAUACUAAUCGGCUUCUAAAUCCUAUAAGGCAAUGGCAGUGGGAAGAGAGUGAAAGUUACGGGUAUGUUUGACAGGAGCCAGUCUGUAUCGUAUGAAGGAAAAUGAUCAAUGCUUUGAAAAAAAUGAAUAAAGAAACAAAAUCAA